CUCCUCGACGGUGGGUCAACAUGAAUGCUCUGACUGUGAUUUCCGUGGCAGCCCUCGUGGCUAGCGGCAGCGCCUCCUUACUUGCGUACAACGGCGUAUAUGGAGGCCAUCACGGCCUUCUUGGCGCCUAUCCUUAUGCAGGUUAUUCUGCCCUGCAUCCUUACUCAUACGCAGGUGUACGCCCUUACUCAUACGCAGCUGCUCCUCUCAACCUCAAAACACCUGUAAUCAACACCGUGGCUCCUGCUCCUGUCUCCUACAACGUCGCUCCCUUCGCACCUGUAGCACCUAUCCAGUCUCAGUACCACGCUCAGGAUGAGCUCGGUCAGUACUCAUUCGGUUACGCCGGCGGUCCAUCUUCACGCGCUGAGUCUCGCGACGCCUUCGGUGUUGUCCGUGGUUCGUACAACUACGUGGACUCUGAGGGAAAGAUUCAGACUCAGCACUACGUGGCUGACGCCCUUGGAUUCCGUGUGUCCGGCACCAACCUUCCAGUGGCUCCCGACGCCCCUGUGGCUGCCCCUCUGGCCGCCCUUCCUGGUCCCCUUCCCGAACCCGUCCAGGACACUCCUGAGGUAGCCGCUGCUAAGGCCGCCCACCAACAGGCUUACGACGAAGCUGCAGCCGCCGCCGCUGCUGCCCCCGACACCCGCAAGAAGCGUUCCGUCCUUGCGGCUCCCGGCUUCGGCGUCUACUCUCCUCUCCGUUUCUCAUACGGAUUUUCCACUCCAAUCCACUACACCCACUCACCAACUUAUGCUUCUCCUCUUCACUACACUGCCGCCCAUCCCGCCCUCACCACCUACAACGCCGCUCACGUCCCCACCACAUACGCCGCCGCCGCCGGACCCGCUCUUCGUGACUGAGUACCACCUCAUUCACUCACAGUCACUUGUGUGGACCUGGUGUGUAGAGCACUCGCCUGAUUCUCACCUUUAAUCAGCAGAUAUGUUCCCAGGAAUUACUUCCCGAUACAUGAUGCCUGCCAAUGGUGUGUUCAAGUCGAGUGUUGACACUUCUAAUGUUAGUCCACACAAUGUAAAAAGCAAUCAUGUAAAUCACAAUGUAAAAUAGAUUUCUCAUAAAUAAACAAAUAUUCUAAAUAA